AAGGUUUUUAAAUUAAAAAUUAUCCUAAACAAAGAAAGCUAAAAAUCGAAGUUGCCACAGUGAGUUAAUAAUUGUACUUUGCUUGGCUUUUGUUAAAAUCAAUUACCUUUUUAUGUGCACCUAUGUUAAUAAACUAAAGUGCUUUUUCCAUCUUACAAAACAUAUUUCUAUUCGAUAAAUUUUCAAAUUCUGUCUAGGCUAUAUUUUAUGUGAGAUCCACAAUAAAAUACCUACUAAAGUUGGCGUUUUGUGUGACAUUCCCUUAUUUUUCGAGUUUAGACAAUCUAGAAACUUCAUAAAACAACGGCAACAUUGUUAAAAUUCUGAAUGUUAAAUGUAACGUAUAGAGCUGGUUGUCAAAAUCUUUAAAUCGCAUUAAAAUUUGCUAGUAAUUUUUUAGGAAAUUAUGUCCGAAUCCGAAGAUGAUGUUAACCCAAGAAAUUUUGGGGGUAGUUUUGUAGGUGAUUCUCCUCAUCCACAUACUCCUAAAUUCGUUAGAUUUUAUAACGAGUCCCUUCCCACAGUUCCCACGUCUAUUCCAAAUGAUUAUAAAUUGAUGUAUGCCCCUACAAUGGAAUCUCAAAUACGAAAGCUGAGAUUGUCUAUGGAGGACUAUAGAGAAUUAAUACUUAAUAUAAAUAGUUUGUUAUUAUGGGAAAAACAGUGGCACCCUACAGCCAUUUUAACAGGAUGUACAGUACUUUUCACUCUAUUAUGGUUGAGUGACCCAACUGUUUUAACUAUUAUAUCCUCUAUUGGUUUACUACUUACUAUUGGUGACUACGUAUUACCUACUGUAGUAGCAUCAAUAUUUAAAAAUGACAAUUGGAAUGCCCACAAGCAGAAUGAAUAUGAAGAAAUUUGUACAAAUAUUGUUUUGUAUAAGACUAAAUUUGAAUUGCUUGUUACGUCCUAUUAUAGGAUGAGAGUUACCAAUUCUAAAAUGUACUUCACUCUAACAAUUUUGGCAUUAUCUAUAUUGACGUGGAUAGGAAGUGCAGUUAACAAUCUUUUACUAUCCUACCUAUUUGUUGUGAUGGUUCUUCUUCUACCUGGUAUGAUUUAUAAUGGGUUCUUGCAUAAAGGUACCGAGAUAUUAUCAAAAAUUUUUAGUGACUUGGUGGAAAAUGCAAAGUCAAAAGUUGGACAGAAAAAACUUGAUUAAAUAUUUUCAUUACUAGAUUGGAUUUGAUUUGUGUUUUUGUUACAACGCUUUAACAUCAAUAUUUUUUUUUAAAUGAAUAAUAGAGGAAAAGUUAAGAUAUAGUGAGCACAAAUAAACUGUUUCUGUUGAAAAACUAGUUUGUAGGUCACUAUUUUACAUUUUUUGAUUGUAUUGCAAAUAUAAAAAUAUAAAGAUAAGGACUCGACAAUUUGAAGGAAAUGCUUUUUGCUGGUUGUAAAAGCUUUUGAACAUAUUGUGGGCUUACUUCGAAAAGUGACCAAGUAAAAUUUUAUGUGAUUUGAGUUGUUAUGACCAAGUCACUUGUUAAUGUCAAAGCUACUAAAAUAAAAAAAUGACCAAGUCAUAUUUAUACUUUCUGAAAGUACUAAACAAACUGAAUCAAUAUGACUUGUUUUUUUUUGUAGAUCUGACUUUAACAACUCACUAUGCAUAAAAACGUUAAAUUAAUGAGAACUUUACAUCACAUUGUUACAUUGUAACUCUCAUUUUUACUCUUGUUUUCAUCUGUAGGACGGACUCAUAACCGUCUAAGCCCGGAGUAGAGACGUUUACUUUUGUGAUGAAACAAUGUAGACGUUGCGGUAAUAUUACAACGCUACCUCAAAAAUGAUGUCUUUUUAACAAACCAGAUGUGACAUUCCUGUUAUAUCCAAGAAAGGCUUUUUACUUCUUGUAGAUGUUAUUAAAAUAAGAAAAGCCUAUGAGAAACGUUACAAAAAAGACUGGUAAUGUCUCAUAUUUAGUGGGAAGUGAUUUGGUCAUAAAUCACAUAAAAUUUGACUUGGUAAUUUUUCGCAAUUAGCCCACGAUAUGUUUUCUAUAUCUUAUUAGUAUAAAAUAUGUUAUUUAAAUUUAAAGAUUUUAAAAAUAAAGUGAGUUGUGGAUUUAAUCAAAAAUAUAAAGUAAUACAAUUUGGACUGUGAUGAACCAGGACUAAUUCAAAUGGAAGUAGGAUAUUGUGUUGAAUUUCGAAAGCAUGUUGACAAUCUGUGGAAAGAUAUAAUAGUAGUCUUUCUUUUUUCAAAAAAAAGUUCCUCUAUUGAUUUUGUCAUCAUGAUAUAACAGUGCAACUAUAAUUUAUAUUUUUUGUUGGAAAACAAUGCAAGUCACCAUCAGCUUCAUGACAAUACGUCUUGAAGUAGAGGGAGUAAUGUUUGCGAAUCUCUCGUGCUGGGCUGCCGUUGAGCUUCGAGUGAGAUCUCAAGUAAAGAACAAUCUUUAUACUAUAAAAAGAAAAUUAAAUAUCAGUUACAAAAUAAAACAGUUUUGCAGAUAAUUCGUUUGUAAUCGGAUGUAUUUGAUUUAAAAAAUAUGACACUAAAAAAAGCUUUCUGAUCAUAUCAGAAUUUAUAGCUGAUCAUCCAUUGAUAUUGUUUAUUUAACUGUACCUAAGAUUUUAUAUUUUAUGAUUUUAAAGCGUUGUAUUUUCGUUUAGCGUUUUUUAUUGUACUAACGUAUUUUUGAGAGUUUGCUCAAAAUCCGAUUGUAUUUUAUUAAUAGGUAGCUGAUCUUACAGUUUUAUCAAAUUACCAGAGUGAUAUUUAGACUGAUGUUACCACAUAAUUCCUUAAAUUUAAUUAGUUUUAUAUUCAAUAAAUUAAUUUUUUUAU